CUGUCCGUGGUCCUGAACACAUUUUCGGGCUGGAUUUUGUGGAUUUUUUUUUUCUCGUGGUGGCGGCACUGGAAAGCGGACACAAGCAUGAUUUCGUGGCCGGUGAGGUCAUGAGCAUCCCGCGGCUCGGUACCGGCGACUCCGGGAUCUGAAACACACACAUACACACACACACACACACACACACACACUAAAAGCGGGACAUUUUUCGGCUCACCUUGGAGGUCAUAAACCAUAACCAUAAACCCCCCUCCCCUCUCCUCCUCUUCCUCCUCCUUUUCCACCACUAAAGGAUUUUUUUUUUCUUGGAGGGGAUAUUCAUCCUCUCAAGAGUGUGACCCCCCCACCCCAACCCCCCUUCAGCAACACCUUCACCCCCCCACCCGCCCCCCUCCUCCAAACAAAAUGAGACUGGCAAAAAUGUGCCGACUAAACGCGCUGGGGAUCUAUUUGUGGGAAACGGUAGUGUUUUUCAGCCUGGCAGCGUCGAAAGAAGCUGCGGCGAGGAAAGCUGCCUCCCCGAUGCCGCCCUCCGAGUUCCUGGACAAACUCAUGGGCAAGGUCUCGGGUUACGACGCCAGAAUUCGACCGAAUUUUAAAGUGCUCGUCAAAGACCCCAAAGGCUCCAAAAAUGAUGCUACUCACAAGAAAGGUCCCCCGGUUAACGUAACCUGCAACAUUUUUAUCAACAGUUUUGGGUCCAUCGCUGAAACAACAAUGGACUACAGAGUGAACAUCUUCUUGCGGCAGCAGUGGAACGACCCCCGGCUGGCCUACAGCGAGUACCCCGACGACUCGCUGGACCUCGACCCCUCUAUGUUGGACUCCAUCUGGAAACCUGACUUGUUCUUCGCCAACGAGAAGGGCGCCAACUUCCACGAGGUCACCACCGACAAUAAGCUGCUACGCAUCUCUAAAAACGGCAACGUGCUGUACAGCAUACGAAUAACACUGAUCCUGGCCUGUCCCAUGGAUCUGAAGAACUUCCCGAUGGAUGUCCAGACCUGCAUCAUGCAGCUGGAGAGCUUCGGCUACACUAUGAACGACCUCAUAUUCGAGUGGGACGAGAAGGGAGCCGUGCAGGUGGCUGACGGCCUGACGCUACCUCAGUUCAUACUCAAAGAGGAGAAGGACCUGCGCUACUGCACCAAGCACUACAACACAGGUAAAUUUACGUGUAUCGAGGCUCGUUUCCACCUGGAGCGUCAGAUGGGCUACUACCUGAUCCAGAUGUACAUCCCCUCGCUGCUCAUUGUCAUCCUGUCCUGGGUUUCCUUCUGGAUCAACAUGGACGCCGCGCCCGCCCGGGUGGGUCUGGGCAUCACCACCGUGCUGACCAUGACCACGCAGAGCUCCGGUUCCAGAGCCUCGCUGCCCAAGGUGUCCUACGUAAAAGCCAUUGACAUCUGGAUGGCCGUGUGUCUGCUGUUCGUGUUCUCGGCUCUGCUGGAGUACGCCGCCGUCAACUUCAUCGCCCGCCAACACAAGGAGCUGCUGCGCUUCAGACGGAGGCGACGACACAUGAAGCCUGAGUCUUGGCCUGUGUUGCAGGAGGAUGAGACAGGUGAGGGGCGCUUCAGCUUCCCCGGCUACGGCAUGGGCCCCGCCUGCCUGCAGGCCAAAGACGGCAUGGCCAUCAAGGGCAACAACAACAACGCCCCGGCCUCGGCCGCGCCCGAGAAGAGCAUCGAGGAGAUGAAGAAGCUGUUCAUCAGCCGGGCCAAACGCAUCGACACGGUGUCCCGUGUGGCCUUCCCGCUCGUCUUCCUCAUUUUUAACAUUUUCUACUGGAUCAUUUACAAGAUCAUCCGCAGCGAGGACAUCCACAAGCAGUAGUCGAGAGGCGGAGGAGGAGGAGGAGCAGGAGGAGGAGGGCGAGAACAGUGCGAAGAGGAGAAUGCAGAGAAACAAAGCGAGAGAAGGAAACAGAGAGGUGACUUCAAUAGGAGAUAUCAUUGCCCCUUUUUUCACGCCAACCAUGCCUCCUUACCUUGUCCUCUUCCUUCACCCUCUUACUGUUUUGGUCGAGGAUAAGUUGCUUUUUGUGGCCGUCGCCUCCCUCAAACCCUCCCUGACUCCUACUAGACAUUAUUUGAAAUAUUUAUUGCUUUCUUUCCCCCCUUUAUUCUCCUCUCCUGCCCCCAAACCCCUGCUCAUUCCGGCUCUUCACACCUCCUGAAUAAUCCGGACCAGUGCAAUAGCAAUGCAGUAAAAUGCAUGAUAUAUGAAUGUGGCAAUAUAUUAAUGAAAAGAUGAAAAAGUAAAAAGUAAAACACAGACUUUUUGCAGGCACGCCCAACAAACUGUGUGGGAGUGGACGGAUUGGAGAGAAAGGAGACGAGCGAGUCUUGUAAAGGGUCUUGUAUUUGAUUUUAGGGUUUUCUUUUCUGUGUGAAGACAGAUAUAUAAUUCUAUAUGAAAAAGUGAUGUCGGGAUCGGGUGGGGGACGUGCGAGAAGCAUACAUCAGUGUAAUAUACUCAUAUAUCUAUCAUAAAUGGAAAAAAAAGAACUUUAUUUGCAAAAGAAGGGCAUCUGGGAAUGAGGGAUUUUUCAUCCAAAAAAAAGGAAAGGAAGGAGGAUCGGUGCUUCCAUUAAAUAAAGCGAUGCAAGGAUCACGCAUUCUAUAUAUCUAGAUUUGCUUCAAACGUGUAUUGCAAGCACUCCUCAAUGCUUUUCCUCCCCCGCCAACACCACGAAACCUCCAACUGCAGAGACACUUGAGGUUCGCUGCUGCCGCUGUCAAUCAUACGACUGGACAAAAAGAAAAAAAAAAUAUAUAAAGAAACACUACGAGCAGUGCUGAAGAUUUUGAGACAAAAAAAUCUCAUCUAUCUGUGGUCAACGUGUUCCUCUACCGGUCCUUAAGUUAUUUCAUAUUGCAUUUGUUGUUUUUUGGGUUUGUAUCUUGAUUUAUGUGCCAAGUAAACAUGUUGCUCGUGGCCGUGCGGCGCUCUGCAGCUCCAACCUUUUCGUCAAGAGGAAGGUGGACGGUUUGACGUCGAGUGGCGUCUCCUCACUGGCUUCUUCAGGGUUUGUUUUUAUUAAAUCCCUGAGAUAUUCGUUUGUUCUCAUCAACUGGAGCGAAUCGAUCCUGUACAGAGUAAAAACGCAGAUCCUCGUUUGCUUUCCUCGUUGAACUGAACCACAGAUAUGUUUACAUCUUAUUAGUGCUUCCUUGCUUUGACCCCGCCUUAAUGUGACACCCCACCCUUCCCCAGCUGAGAGGACAUAUGUAGUAAAUUAAACAGAUUAUAGCACCUGUUAUACCUUAAUUAACUGUAUUUCCAUCUCAUCCACACGCACCGACUGUAGCUGUGAGCAUCAUCACCUGUGAAAAGCUACAUCAUCGAGCAAACAGAGUAUAAAAACACGAUUUAUUUUGCCAGAGCCAUGUUGGACGGGAUUUGAUCAUUCUGCAGGUCAUUUGGUUUGAUUGAUGUUUUUUUCUCUUUUACUUUGCACCAGGCUUCUCUAUGCAAUGACCAGUAUAUGCAAAUAUGAUUUUCUUAUUUCUUUCAGCAAAAAAACGCCACCUUUUUGUGAGUUUUCUGGCUCAUUCAUCCCAAUGCUAACUGCUGAACACUCUUUAUUGGUGAAUAUGGAUAUAAUGGAGAAGAUAAAGUGAUAAAAACACAGUAAUGAAGAGGCGACCUGUCCUGGGUAAUCACAGAGUGCAUAUGAAGGAAUGUUUGGUUGUAGAAAUCAGCAGCAAACCUCUGAGCCAGACAGAAAUUCUAGUAGAUAAAAGUAUUUUCUGGAGUUGUUUCAUACUCUUUAUUAUUUAUUUUAAAAAUCCCAAAGUGCUUCUUUAUUUCACAAGUGACAGAAAUUCAAAGAGAAGUUUUAAUGUAAGACGGGAUGAAAGAGACAUUUUCCAAAAUGUAGCAAAACUUCAACAAUCCAUAAUACGGAAACGCACUCAAGAUUAGUAUUGAACUUUUCAUCUAACUUCUGGAAAGAAAGUGAAUAAUUAUAAUAUAAUUUUUUACAAAAUGUGAAACUAUUCCUUCACCACACUCUCAGUGAGCCACUGCAACUGUUUGAGCAUCAUGUCUGUGCAGAAUAUCAGAUCAGUCAUUUAGAGUCCACAGUUUAAAAUGCAAUGAUCGACUGGACUUUUAUUGUGAAAUUUAAACUAUUGCAAACAAAGACUUUCAUGGUGCGGCAUUCAUGUGCACGUUUUGAAAAGCAGAAGUAAAUAAUAUCGUGGCUACUAGCAAACCAGCACUACUGUGGUUCAUGCUUAUGUCCACAAAAACAGAAGUGGACAAAAUACAAGACGAUAAAAAAAAAAAAAUAGGUCAUACCUGGCUGUGUUUAAUGCCUGUAAUUGGGCACAAAGAAGGUGAAGGAAGUAUGCCAACAAAACAAAAAAAAAUUGGCAUUUAUAUACAAUUUAUGUCCCAAUAAAAUGUUGUUGUUUUUUAAUCAUUCAUGCAUUUUGGCCAAAUCAGUAUGUUUUGCUAAAUAAGUAGGUGUUUUCAAAUACAUCCAUAUUUAUAUUCACAAUCAAAGUAAGGUGUUUUAUUUUUGACUUGUCAACCAAAAGCAUCACAUACAUGGAAAAAUGUGGUGAUCUCUGUAAAAACUCCUCCGAGUCAAAAUGUUUAAGCCCCGGUCCAACUUGGUUUUGAAGCAAAACCAAAGAUAUGUUUUUACUUUCCUGUGUUUGACGUACUUAUCAUUGCCUUUUGCUGCUGUUGUGGGGGGGAAAAAAUGUUAAAGAUUUGUUACAGGAUGUGAUAUCAUAUAUACAGUUUGUCUUUUUAUUAUGAUUGCCAGAUGCAGUAUUGGGGUUGGCCAGAUUAUCUUCAGAUAUAUAAAUAAAAGUAUAAUAUAUAAAUAUAUAGGCAUAUUUUGAUAUGAAACAUUUAUGCAUUUUCCCUCUUCAUUCUUUAUUUUCUUAAAGAAAGCUUUUAUUUGAUAAGUCACCCACCUGUCCAUUCAUCCAUAUGUCCUUUAUAUUUACACAGUUUUUACUUGUUGAACGUGUUUUACAAGUAAAAAUAACAAGGAUCUGACCAUUUUGUCAACAUGUGCGAUAGUAGAUCAUACAUUUAAUACUUCUCCAGAUAUUUCAGAGGGUGUAAGACUGAUCCGAAGGGCUACGCCACGCACAAACAUCCUGCUGUUCGCUUUCCAACGUGUCCAAGUAGAAGUGCCAUAGAAUACGCUUCAUCGCUAAACUAUGCAUUUACUUCAGUAAUUCACUCCCAGAUACAGUGAUGUAAAACCUUUCAAGGCCAUGAUCACAAGGAUGCUUUUAUUUUGUAAUGAUUUCAUUUCAGCAGAUAGAUGUAUAUGACGACGUAUGCAGCUUUAUUUUGGAUGAUUUAGGCAAAUUUGGACAAAGAAAAAUUUACAAAAGCCUGAAAGGACAUAAGACUCAUAAAUCCUCUUUGUUGCGAGCUCACGGAGGAAUCUUUAACUUCUCGUGAUAGAACAAUAUUUGUUUUAUCAUUCUUAGACUGUAGGUUAGCUGAAACUAAUCAGGUAGCUGCAUAUUUACGUACCCAAAAGCAACUCUAGGUGUUGUUUCUGAUGCAGCUUCAUGGCAUCCAAACAAAACCCAUAAAUAAAUUAAAUUGCUUUGAAUUUCGUACGCAGGUUCCAGAUUUUUAGAGUAGAUCUUUUGCUUACAAAUGUAGAGAAAAUGUAGCAAAAUAUAUGAGUAGGCUUAGCUAGUCCAAGUAGGUUUAUCUACAAGACACGCCCUCUAAACGGCCACAGUUUGUUUAGGUUUAGGGACAUAAACUACAUAGCUAGGUUUGAAUAGUAAGGGACAAAACUACUUGGUUUGGCUGUGGAAAACAUCAUGCUUUCAAAGUUAAAGUAAGUUACACUGGAGGUUAUUGCAGGGACAUACCCUGUUGUAAAGUGAGUGUGUCAUGUCAAGACUGAAGUUCGGCCCUUCCAAACUAGUCAGGAAAGCUUCAUCCUUAGCUUGAUUGAUAGGAAAUUUGUAUGCAACAUUUAGAUAUCUUUCUUUGUGGGCCAAAUUACACAAAAAACUACAAUUAUCUUGCAGGCAUCAUCCACUCGUUUAUGUACAAAGAAACAAUGUAGUAAAACCACUUCGCUUUACUUUGUUGAAGGCGAGAAAGUUUUAUUUACUGUAUGUAGUUAAUACAAGUUAAAAAAAAAAGUUUUUCAUUCUGAUUUAUUGAUACACAAAUCUGUCCCAAAACAUGAUUUUUUUUCUUAAUUUGUUCAAACAAGUGCAGAACUUAUCUUUAGAUCACAGGUUAAUUAUUUCAUUUUCUUGAGAUAACAAUGCUUGAGUUAAUCAACCUGUUAUCACAAGAAAAGUAAAGGCAGUUUACUUAUAGUCGUUGUUUAGCUUGUGAUAACUUAUGUUAUUAUUUUUUAGAUAUCAGCCUUUUGUUUUAUUAAGAAUUAAAGUAAAUGAACUUGCUAUCAGGAGAAAAUUACCUUUUUAUGCAGCUUUGGGGACGCUGAGGUAGUCACUUAAAAUUUUAUUGCAAAUGCCAAAAUAAAAAGUUGCUAAGCAUGAAGUGAAGAUUUUUUUGACAUUGUAAUUGCAAAUAUAAACCAGCACCAUUUCAGGCCCCUUUAGGGCUCCAGAGGGACAUUAAUAAUUAAAAACACCUUUAGUUCUGUGGAUAACCUCCUCUGUGAUCAUGGCCUGAACCCGACUCGUCAGCAGGCUCAGUCUAAUUAGGAUGAUUCAUGUUUUGUUUUUUUUCCUUCGGUGCCAUAGACACUGCAUCUGGAACAAGUCAGACGCACUUCUGUCCAUCAGCCUCUUUGCCAACAGCGUACAUACAUAUCUUCUCGUGCCAUAUGGGGGUUGAAUAUGCAACUAAGAAACGAGGACCUAUAAGCAUAUCAUGCAUUCAUUCAACUACCAUUUUUACAUGAUUCAUCCCCUUUCCUCAGGCGUGGGUGUUGUGUGUAUCAUAGUCCUUUUAGAGCUUCGUCAUAGGCCUCACAUCAUUGUAUUAAUCAUUGUUAUACUGUAAAGGGUCGGGGGAGGGAGGGGUUCAUAACAUGAGAUAGAUACUGGGUUUAUAUUGCAUUACGCUGCGAUGUGAUGCAUACGGACUGAAAAAUGAAAGACGUGUUUUUGGAAGUUUAUAAAUCCUUAGGUUCUGAACUGGAUUUUAAAGUAGCAUGGUUUGAUUUGUCGAUGAUUAAUGAUUUUAUUGGGGUUUCGUUCGAUUCUCUUGUAUUUUAUUGUAUGUAUUGUACAAUCCGAUGCCCUGAGGGAGAAGGAAAAAUACAGUGACUCCUGAACUGCUGUGAACUAAAGGAAAAAAACAUUAUUAUUAUUAUGAUUAUUAUAUUUAUUUAUUUAUUUUAUUUGCACAAGUUGGAAUGGCCUUAAUUUUUGCUUUACUUGCUUCUAUUGUGUAUUGGCACAAAGUGCACCCUUUUAAUUUGCAAAGAUUACGAUGCUCAUUACGAUGCUUAUAAUCUGAGAGUGCACAUCAAAAAGCAGGAUGAAAAAAAAAGAAAAGUUCAGCAAAUCCUUUUUAUUUUUCAUUAAUCUGAGAAACAAUAUUUUGCAUGAAUAUAAAUACAAUGGCAGAUAUUUUGGCUUGUACAAAAAAUGUGAAGCAAUUUGAAGAGAAAAAAAGAAUGUACCGUUUCUGCUGUAUCUGUAUAUAUCUAAAUAUUUAUUGAAAUAUGUCAUACUACUAAUUCUAUUAACGAUUAAAGGUUUUCUGAACAAAAAUCUCUUUACCUGUUUUUGAACAUUGUCAAGGUUGUUGGAGUUGGAUCUUCUGCUUUCUGUUACUCGACUCAAGGAUCUGUGUAAUCAUUAAAGAAAAAGUAUUAAAAAUUGCAAAUAAA